GAAGGUCGACACGUCACCAUGACCAUGAUCCGUUCCAUGCUGGCAGCCGGUGUGCUCGCCCUCGUUAUGGCGGCGGCCACUGCCUCGGACGUCAUUGAUCUGACCCCGGAUACCUUUGAUGACAUCAUCAACGGCGAUCGCCCGGCUCUGGUGGAGUUUUUCGCCCCCUGGUGCGGUCACUGCAAGAGCCUCGCCCCAACCUGGGAGGAGCUGGGCACGGCCUACGCCUCGCAAAAGGAUGUGAUCAUUGCCAAAGUUGAUGCUUCGGAGCACCGUGACCUUGGCUCGCGCUUUGGUGUCACUGGUUUCCCGACCCUCAAGUUUUUCCCCAAGGGCUCGACCGAGCCUGAAGACUAUAAGGGUGGCCGCGCUUUGAACGAUCUGGCUGACUUUAUGCUUCAGAAGACCGGAUACCGCGCGCGCAUCCAGCAAGACGUGAGCCAUGUGAAGGUCUUGGACCCCACCAACUUUGAUGCCAUUGCCCUGGACACUGACAAGGAUGUCCUUGUCGAGUUUUACGCCCCGUGGUGCGGUCACUGCAAGUCGGUGGCGCCCAUCUACGAGAAGGCUGGUCUCGCGUUUGCCAAUGAGGAGAACGUUGUCGUCGCCAAGGUCGAUGCGGACAAGCAUUCCGAGCUGGCCAGCAAGUUUGGCGUCUCGGGCUUUCCCACCUUCAAGUUUUUCCCCAAGGGCAGCACUGAGGCUGAAGACUACAGCAGCGGACGCGAGCUCCAAAGCUUCCUCACCUUCCUGAACGAGAAGGCGGGUACCCAACGCCUUGAGGGCGGCGAGCUUGCCGAGACGGCUGGCCGCCACGAGCGCCUUGAUGCGCUUGCGCAAAACUUUGUCUCUGGCGACCGUGACACCCUUUUGGCCGAGGCGCAGAAGAUUGCCAACGAGCUUGGUGACAUCUUUGCCAAGUACUACGUUAAGGUCAUGGAGAAGAUCAAGUCUGACGGCGAUGGCUACGCUGCCAAGGAGCUUGAACGCCUUCAGCGCAUCUUGGAUGGUGGCAACGUCAAGACGGAUCGCAAGGACAACUUCUUCAUCCGCCGCAACAUCCUCAAGCAGUUUUAACUGUUCUUUUUUUUUCUUUUUUUUUUUUUCUUUGGAGAAGAGCGGAUGAAUGCCCUUCAUUUGCCACAACUGGUCAAAAACUCAUAAAUUGAACCGACCACCCAUGGCAUUGCAAUGUACCACACGGGGUGGGAGAGGGGGCACGGCCCCAACUUGUAGGCGAUGGACAACAGCCGACGUGCGCAUGAAGCCAAGUUGAGCGACAUACUACGAAACGGCAAUGGUUUUUUCACACGCACGCAGCAGCUUUCCAGUUCUGGGUCCUGACAAAGGCAAAUGUGUGUGGAGGCAGCUGGGGGCUACUGGUCGAAGCGGCCGGGGGCAGGGUCGGAGAGCCAUCAGGCAGCAGCUGCAUCAAUUCCCCAUUGGCCAUGGUCUGGUUGGCCAUCGUCCAUGGUCUGGUUGGCUAACAAGUCACCCGUCGCGCUCUCAAACAAGUAGAGGUCAAACCUGCAAGUGCCAGCGUGGUGCUCGAAUUGCCUGGGUUCAGAAUGGUGAUCACCACGUCAGGCGAAUCACGCGCGCAAAAGGCGUAGGCUAGCACAUCAGGCUGGUUCUCAACCGUAGCAUCGGCGACGACCGCCCCAGCGAGCCCCUGGUGCAUCAAGGCAACAACGCAGUCUGGUCGUGCAAAUGACCCGGUGUGAUCAAGCUAAACGGACUGUCGCCAUGACUGGGCAAUCAGCCAGGGUGGGGCAUUGAUUAGGGCACGCAAUCAGGAAAAAAUCAGGUCCUCGUCCUUGAGGUAGCGAAGAAAGGUCUCGAGGUUGGUGGUGUUCCAGUCACCCUCGCAGUGCGUGGUAUUGUCCACGUGACAGUCGCGGCCCGUGAGCUCGUUGAGAUCAAACAUCAGCUCGACGUUGGCCGCCACGGAAAAGUUGAGGAGCUGACGGUACAUGCACUGGGUGAGGACAUUGGGCCACCAAUUGCCCACAGCUGCGGGGCUGCAUGGUGUGGUCGCCCCGGUCCCGGGGGAUGGCCGAGAGACAUGCUCGGCAUGCUCGCAAGCAUCUGAGACAUCGUAGGUCACCCAGUUGGCCGUGAUCCCGCCGACACGCAGGAAGACAGCGGCGCUGCACACGAGCCAUGAAACGGCAGCCGGGGCAUGAGUUGACGUUACAAUCGUAUUGCGACUGCAGGGUUUGUCCACACGCACAUGACCCAGGGCUGAUUGAGUUGCUCGGCAGUCUCCAUGACAUGCCAGGUCUUCAUGCCCAAGCCC